CGCUUUCAAAGUUACCCUACUUGAAUCCUAAACUGCCAUCAUCUAUGCACACACUGUCUCUGUCUCCGUUUGCUUACAAAGCACGCUCACUGAGUCUCGGGUUACUUUAUCUAUGGCACACCAGUGCACUACACUUGUAUUGUAGAGAGUAAACGCUAGUGGCGUGGACUGUUCAAUCAGUCUCGGUUCCCAAUAAGAAAAGGAAGGACCUGAAAUCUACUUCCAAUUUUAAGACGGUCUCAAAUCAAAGAGAUUCCAAAUGGAAGUCUUUGGGUAUGAGAAGCGUAUCAAGCACUAUACCAGCUCUCAGAAAAUACUAUUGGUCGGAGAAGGAGACUUCUCCUUUGCCGUUUCCUUAGCCAGAGCUUUCGGCUCUUCCAUCAACAUGGUCGCCACUUCUCUAGACACCAGAGAGGCAUUAGUGGUGAAGUAUUCAAGGGCUAUGAGCAAUGUGAUGGAAUUGAAGAAGAGGGGAUGCGUAGUACUGCAUGAAGUGGAUGUGCAUACAAUGAGCAGACACCCUUUUCUGAGUGAUAUUCGGUUUGAUCGAAUAGUCUACAAUUUUCCUCAUGCCGGCUACUUGCAUGGUCAAAAAUCAUCCGAGCAUAACCAGUAUCAAAUUUGGUAUCAUCAGGAUUUGGUGAGGGAUUUCUUCAGAAAUGCGUGUGAAAUGCUUACUGAAAUGGGAGAAAUUCAUGUCACACACAAGACAACAUAUCCUUUCAGUGAAUGGGAAAUAGUGAAGUUAGCAGGACAGGUUGGGUUGUAUUUGCUACAGGAAGAGAAGUUCUCAAGAUGGGAUUAUCCGGGCUAUGAAAAUAAGAGAGGAGCUGGGUUAUGUGAUCAAACUUUUCCUGUUGGAGAAUGUAGCACCUUCAAGUUUUCCAAGCUGUUGUAUCAUUCUACACCUUACAGUUACCACCUUGACUUGAUUCGGGCUUACGGUCAGGAUUCUCGAAUUAACGGUCCUCAGAUACACCAUGCACCACUGCCAUUCUUUCAUAUGUAGUGAUAUCAAUUGCUGGUGUAGUAUGGAACAGUACCUCCUUUGACAAGAAUUUAAGCUUGGUUUUGGUCUCAUCAUUAGAUAAUGAACUUGGCAGUAUUUGUUAGAUGAGCUCUCUAUCGUGUUUAUUGUAGAAUGGAAUCAGUCAAGUAUUUGGAGCUCAAUUUUGUGUCAAGUGUCGGAUGAGGCACCUGUAAACUUAAUACCUAAAUGUUGAGUAGUCCAUCAUCA